AUGUGCGUUCCAAUCUUGUCUCGUAACGCUCCGACGAACAACGUUCUUCUCAAGAUCACCGUUCCAAAGCGGACAGGACGAAAGCGCAAGAGAGGCUCACAGGAACCAUACGCAAAUGGCAAUGUUGCAAAUGCUUCUACAGAUUCCCCCUUGGAUACCACACCCAGCCUCGCCACUCAGCCUUCUGUCUCAAAUCCACCGGCAGAUACGUUACGAUCUCAUUCGAGAAUGGACAAUCCUUCCCAGCUUUUGCGAAAACUCAAGGACAAUGUGGGUAAGUAUCAAGUUGAGGCAGUGGGCGAGGUUCGACAAACUCAUCGAUUCCGAGGGAUGGCCGAUUUCCAUCAGUCUACGAGUCAUACGGAGUUCAUUCCAAAAUUCGAAGACACAAUGCUCACGGGCCGGCUCGAAGAAAUGCGUAAGUUCAAGUUCAAUCCCAGCAAAGGCUGGAAGACCAACGAGGAACUGGUACCGCCCCCGAUAAUGUCGAGUCACGCUUUACCUUUCAACUGGGGGUGGCAUCAAGCUUCACAGAUCGAAGAAACGCUGGAUGAACACGGCAAGCCAAAACUCCUGAACAAGUCCAAACCAGGAAGAGGAGGUGUGCAGUAUCUUGGCUGGGAUGUCGAUAGCGUACCUAGCGGACCAGAUCGGGUGCCGGAGGAUUCAGAUGAGCUCCAUCUGUUGAUAGGCAAGCUGAAGGAGGCGCUGGCAGAGAGGCCGAUUUGGACUAGGCGCUCCUUGGCAAACCGUAUCGGAGGAAAUACCGGGCUCUACCUAUUCAAGCAAGCUCUCCCCUUUGUCGGCUACCAAUUCCGAGGCGGCCCAUGGCGAGAUGCCCUCAUCAAAUUUGGUCUCGAUCCACGAGCCGACCGCAAGUAUCGCGAGUACCAAACAUUCUUCUUCCAGAUUAUUGCAGAGGAUGAAAAGAUCCAGGGCGCACCAUGGUUAGACUCCCGCCAAAACUACACCAACAUGUCGAAAUUGAGAGGAGUGCAAAUGGCUAGCGAAGGAUCUCAUGUUUUCGACGGGAAGAAGUUGACUCUCGACGGGAAGAUAUGGCAGGUCUGUGACAUUAAGGUUCCCAUUCUACAGCGUCUCAUGGAAAAUGCGCCUUACCGCGAGGUGUGCGAGCCGGAAACUGAUGGUUGGUACUGCAACGGCACUAUCGCUAAGUUCAAAGCUAUCAUGAAGACGACUCUCAUUGCUAUCAGAUCUCAGCGUGCUAUUCCAGAUGAGGCAUUCGCAGAGACUCUCAAAAUCCCGGAUGUAGUCUCAGGUCGAUUAAGCAAGCAGAUAUCAGUGCCGCUACCGGACCUAGGCAUCUCGAAGGCUGACCUUGAUGACAUUCAGAAGAAAGUAACGUUGAAACCCACUGAAGCAGAAGGUACCGUCAAAUGGGAGAUGCUCAAGAAAAGCCACAAGUAUCGAGCUGAGAGGAUCAAAAAAUUCGUCAUGCCAAACCUGCCUGGCGCAAAGAAGCCCCGCCUUUCAACGCCAAAACAAGACCCCAAGUUGACGAAACUGCAGCGGAAAAAGAUAAAGCCUGAAGUCGAUAGACAGGUUGAUCCAGCGGCAAAAAUUGGAGGUCAAGAUGUUGCGACGGGUGAACCAAGUGCCGGCGAUCAACUAUCGACCAGCAACGAGGAUGGAGGGGAGAAUGUCGUUGAAGGAGGUGGAGCAGCCGGACCUGAAGAAAAGGGUGACAGGAACAGAGGCAACGGAGAUGAUUCGCAACUCAAUGACACAAAUACCCCAGACGCGGACGUUGAAGGCGAGGAUGAAGAGGCAGAAGAGAGCGAGAAUAGGCGAGAUGAAUUCGCAGACAGUGACGAAGGCGACUCCGGAGCGACCAUGAUUUAG